GAGAAUCGUACAGGAACUGAUAAUUAUACACUUGGUACAUUUAGGGGAAAAUACUUCCCCUAAUCAAGUGAGAAAGAGUAUAAUCAGUGUCAUACAAUUUAUUAUAAUGCCCCCUGUAAACUUUACAUUUGUUUUUUGUGAAUAUUGUCAACUUGCAUUUUCAGUGCCCCUUUAAAAACGGUGACAUGCUUGGCUGAGAGGAGUGGAAGGGAGUCAUUUCAGCGCAAGGUACACUAGAAGGCAGGCUUCCACCGGACAGAUUUACAGCCCUGUUGUAUGUCUGCCCUUCAUUUAAUUUGCAGGACAGAAGAUCGUGUCCCUUGAAAUCCAACGCUGGUGCAUUCUCAGCUAAACAAUUCAUGAAUUCGCCCGCUCAAGGCAAGCUGCAUUGCCACCAACAAGGGAGAAGACUGCAGGGGAGAGAGCGGACGCUUUCAUCCCCCCCUGUACAUGGAAACUAGCCUGCCUGCAUCCCAGUACCAAUGACAGGACUCCCAGGUCCUGGCCCUUUCAUGCAGAUGAAGAGAGACAAAAGAACCUCUGUAUGGAUGACCCCACCUUGCUGCCCCUUGUGGAUGUGGAUAAGGGAUUCGCUAUCGCCCUCUUCCUGCUCCUCUGUGUGUUUCUUGCCAUGAUGAUCGUCCGCUGUGCGAGGCUCAUAAUGGACCCCUACAAGGACAUCCCCAAUUCCAUGUGGGAAGACCAAUAAGCAACACUGACUGCACAGACAGGAGACUUUUACUUGUGCUAAUUUGAAGCCUUCAAAAAAAAUGUCCACUUGUACUGGUUUAUGGUUAAUAAGAAAAUGCCCUUGGCAGGUCCAUACUGCCUUGGGCAGAGGAAAAGAUUUGAUCACAUAACAUAGAGCUUUAUCUUUUUUACAUUGACUUGGGUUAUUUUGGGUUAGAUAUCAGGAAAGAAUCAAUGUUGUAGAGCAGGAGCUGGAGAGUUUUCUGGGCAUUGUAGUUUUCUUUUCUAAUCCUUUCUUUACUUUACAUUUUUAGAAUUUACCAUGUCCUCAGUUUCCUAAGACCCAUGACCAAACAGAAAGAGCCAAGUUCUUCUUGUAACAAUGCUUAUAGCACUAGUGAGGCUCUUCAACAUCAUCAAACCAUCAUACAUGUAUACAGUACCAGCAAGUUUCACAGCACUUUGCAAUAAUUUUAGGGGGUUGAUUAAGAAACAAAGUUUACAGAAUGAGACUAGAGGGAUUAAAGAGUUUACAAUACAAAAGGUAAUUUCUGAUGAUUCCAUAUGGUAUGCUGACUUCUGAUAACCCAGGGUGCAUCAAACCAUGGCUCUUUAGGGGUGUUUGAAGGUUAGGAGGAAAGAGUCAUGAGCCAAAGGGAGUUGGAAAUAGUCAAAAGAUGGUAUUGGAAUCCAAACGACAUCUUAGAGAUGUGAUGCAGAGUGAGCAAAGGGGACCUAAGACUGAGCCUUGAAGAUGUAAGGUUCUAGUUAGAUAGGAACCAGGAAGUUGGAACACUGAGAGAAGUUUGCCUCUUCAGUAGGAAGGGGAUACCCCCAACGCCCAUUUGGGGCCCUGGACUUUCUGUUGCAGUACUGGCUGAGAAGCUACUAACUUCGCGGUUUAAGAUUACCAAAAUGUGAAGUACAGGCAAGGAUGAGACAAAACAUGGUUAAUUCAGGCUAAGGUUAAAGAAGGCAGCGAGUAUCGUAGUCAGGGAAACAGGCAGAAGUCAAAUAAAAAAACACACAAAAACAAGGGUCUGAGCAGGAGCUGAGACAACCAGAAGCCAGCUUGAGCAAAGAGGGAAUGAGAGCAGGCGGCAACCAAGGUAGGGGAGCGGGCUGGACCAGCAGUGCGCCUUACAGAGGAACACCAACAAUGAGCAAGGGGGAGGUGGGACUGGAAAAAGCAAUGUCAAAGGCAAUGGCACAUGGGACAAUUCUUAAUAUUAUUGUACAGCGCUGCGGAAUAUGUUGGCGCUUUAUAAAUAAAUGUUAAUGUAAUGUAAUGUAAUAUUGCCCAGGUGUUUUACAGCUCUACGGGCAGCUGCAACACAUAUUGUCCCCCCACUCACUUGAGCUGCAAUUGCCUGAAAGCAUGGUGCUACCUUCUUGCCAGGCAGUUCUCACUGAGAAACACAGAUGACUGCAUUUUUAAAAGGCAAAGGCUUAAAAUUCACCCACUGUUGCCAUUUAUAUGAAUGGGAUGCUUAAUGCCAAGCAUUUUGGCUCCUUGUCCACAAGUCUACAACAAGCCUGGUCAAUGAACUUUUUGGCAUUGUGCUGUGUGCCACCGCCCUAAAGGAAAAUGGUGAGUAAUGGUGUCAAUGGAUGCAGAGAAAUCAUUGGUUAUUGUGAGGGUACUUUCAUACAAAGUGCAUGGAUAGAGGAGCCCUGCUGGAGAGACAAGACAAGAGAGUCAGUCAGCUGAUUGACAGUAACAAAACUGUACCAGACAUAGACAUAU